AUGAAAAGCCUAUUCUAUCCAGGUCAACAUCAAAUGAAUCCAUCAGCAUCAGCAUCUAAAUUUAAACCAAAACAAAAGAAACCAUUUAUUGUCAAUGUCGAGCAACUUACAAAACACGAAGAAAACACUUUUAAAAUGAUUUUUGAAGAAUGGACUAAUACUCCAACGCUUAAUCUUUUGUUAGACAAAUGGUCAAACUAUCGUAAUAAAACUUUAUCAAUGUUAAAUAGAAAAGCUUCUCUAUCAAUGGUACAAACUUAUUUGGUGGUGUUCUAG